AUGCUCAGGCUACGUCAAAAUACUAUGGACGCUGUAUCUGCAGCUGUUGAUGUAGAAGACAAUGACCCGCAGAUACAAGAGAUCGAGGAAGGUCUAGGACAUAUAUUGCAAUACCACCUGAAAGCUACUCAUAUCAAUUAUGGAUCUGUCAAUUUGAACAGAAUGGCUUUUCGUGUCUUUCAAGACUCGUUUCUACAUUUUGAGCUUAAAACAGCGAUUUUACAAAUGGCAAGAGAAAGAGACGAAGGAUUGACAGGUCAUGAUAAUGCCAUCGACCUGCGUCAAGAUGAGGAAAUGAUCAAUUUGACAGGCGAGGAGGAUGUAAUCGAUUUGACGGGCGACGAGGAUGUGAUCGAUUUGACGGAUGACGAGGUCGUCGAUUCGACGGGUGAUGAUAAUGCCAUCGACCUGCGUCAAGAUGAGGAAAUGAUCAACUUGACAGUCGACGAGGAUGUGAUCGAUUUGACGGGCGACGAGGUCGUCGGUUUGACACAACAUGAGGGUCUUACACAUUUCCGUUCCGUCCGCUCAGCGUCAUAUGAUCCUCCCCCUCCCUAUUCCCCUUGA